UAUGCAUCCAUCCAUAAAAAUUUCUGUGGUCAAAAUAUCAUUCGUAAAAAGAUUAGUCUUUAUCCAAUUAACGCAGACACUUCCUGAGAUGAUGUAGGUUUAAAUUGAUGAGGAAUUUAAGAUGCAGACUGAUAAACAUGCCCUACACAGACAAGUUAUAUCCAUACUUCUGGUAACAAACCUGUGUCUUACUUGUGUGUUUGGGAGUUUGCCUCUUAUAAAUGUUGGUAAAAAGAUCAACAAGAGACUGGACGAUGAAGGGUUUGUAACACACGGAAACAUUCAAUAUGGCAGUCAGAUUGGUAACCUUCUUGGUAGACCAGGAGAAGGUUACUACUUGCAGGUGGAAAUUGGUACCCCUCCACAGAAGUUUAAUGUGUUGAUUGAUACUGGAAGCAGUAAUCUGGCUGUGGCAUGUAAACCAUCAAUAGAAAUAAACACACACUUCCAAACAGACAAGUCAACCACAUAUAAAGAGUUGGGUAAAAGUGUAACCGUACCAUACACAUUGGGAAGUUGGGAUGGUGAACUUGGCACUGAUGUUAUCAGAAUUACCAGCAUACCCAAUGUAAAUAUCACAGCAAAUAUAGCCUGUAUCAACAAAGCUGAACACUUCUUUAUAAACAACUCAAACUGGCAAGGCAUUUUAGGUCUUGGUUAUGCUGAAAUUGCAAGACCUGACAGUUCUGUGGAGCCUUUGUUUGACACUAUGGUACAUGAUAGACAGUCCAGUAAUAUAUUCAGUGUUCAGUUAUGUGGACUAGGAUAUUUCUCCCCAAAUCCAACUAAUAAAGUUGGUGGAUCUCUGAUUUUUGGUAGUACAUCACCUGAACUUUAUGAUGGAGAAUUAUUAUCAACACCGAUAUAUAAGGAAUGGUAUUAUGAAGUGAUAAUUAUAGACAUACAGGUGGCUGACAAAAGUCUCCAGAUGGACUGUAAAGAGUACAACUUUGGCAAAACAAUAGUAGAUACUGGUACAACCAAUCUACGACUACCAUAUAGGGUCUUUAAUAAAGUUGUUCAACAGAUUGUACAGGAGAUACAGCUGAAUUCUGAAGUGAAUCCUCCAUCAUUGGGAUUUUGGGCAGGAGAAGAAGUAUUAUGUUGGAAAGAAGGUCAAGUACCGUAUGACAUGUUCCCGACUAUAUCCCUGGUAUUACCAACAAAUAAUACAGCCAGUUUUAAACUGGUCGUAUCAGCACAGCAAUAUCUUAGACCAGUUGGUGAAGAAAAUGAUAAUUCUCCUGAAAAUGAUUGCUUCAAAUUUGGAAUCUCGAGCCUCGAUUCAGGAAGUGUUAUUGGUGCGAUUGUAAUGGAAGGUUUCUAUGUUGUGUUUGAUAGAGUGAACAAACAAGUGAAGUUUGCUAAUACAACAUGUAGACAAGUUAAUCCCAGUGCUGUCCAAUCUCAUAUUAUUGGGCACAUAAAAUAUACAGGAGAUUAUAAUGAUUGUGCGUACAAGAAAGUUGAGACGAGCAAUAAAACACUGACUAUAGUAGGUUACGUGCUCGCAGGUAUAUGUGGUAUAUGUAUCCUGCCCUUGUUUGCCCUCUUAAUACAGUGGCAGUGCCGCAAAUGUCACUGUCGUAAAAUGAAACGGGCAAACUCGGAUUUCAAAGAUCUAAUGGAUGGAAGUAGCUGAUGGAGAUCUUGGUGCAGACGACAUUUUCAAAGGAGGCUGAAAUUUUUCUUCCAUUGUUUAGCUUGUGUUUGUGAUGUUUUCAGAUAAUGAGUUUAAGAAAUCAGUUCCAUAACAUGUAUGCAUGAAUUCUUAUCACUCAAAUUUUGAAAUAUUUUUUACACCUGCCCAUGUCUUAUUGAGAGAUGAGAUAUUUUGAAUACUUUGUAAGCCAAAUUAUAAUUAUUGAACAAGAUUUAUGCAUAUACAUUAUAUAUUUAUAGCCAUUGGCAAUAUGUUGGACUACAAUGAUAGAUUGUUAUUUCAUGUUUAAUGAGGAUUAUGCAAGAUACAUGUACAAUAAUUUCAUUCCAGAAAUAACUUUUUGUUAUAUUGCUUAGUGUAGGUUGUUAUUGUUGUUGUUGUUUUUAAAGAAUCAAACCUAGGGUAUUAGUAAAACCUGAAUGAAUAAAGUAAUUUAAGUUGGAUAAAUUAUUGGAUAUAAAGAUUUUUGAAAGUUUAUAUGGCCAAGUUAGAGCAGUUGAAAGCUAAUACAUGUACCGGGUAUAUUUGAAAUAACCAUUUAUACACAGCCAUUUAACUUAGGAACAAAUCUUGAUAACUAACUUACUGUACAGAAAAAUUCCUUUUAUUACAGAAAAAUGAAAAUUGCGUCAAAAAUUGACAGCAGACAUAUUUAUAUAGGGUAUAUAAGUAUCAUGAAUGUAUCAUGUAUCCAAUGAAACGCGACACUAUAAAUAUGCAGUAUUAUAAAGGGGAUUAUACUGGCUUAACCUAUACAUGGUAGAUAGAUGGAAUUACAACAGUGACUGAUCUAUGACAAAACAUUGCCAAGGAAUUUAACUUUAAACUUCCAAAUUAUGAAUGCACAGUACACUAUCUUGCCAAAAGGUUUUGCCCAGGUAGAUUUGAAGCUUGGUUUAAAUAGUAUUAUUGUGAAUAGAUCAUUUCUUGUAUAUUCUUUUUAGUUAGAUCUAUCAGGCUUUGGUAUUCAGCAUUUCAUAACAUUAUAACAUGUUAAGAGUCUAUGUUCAAUGUUUAGUUUAUGUCAUAUAUUAUAGUUUUUCAUUUAUGUUGUGUAGUGCCAUUGAUAUAUCGGGUGCAUAAAAUAGAAAGUGAUCAUAAAAGUGUCGGGGUAUAUAUUUCUGUUGCUUAGGGAAUCUCUUUGUACUAUGACAAUUUAUUUAAGCUAUGCAGUAUCUUAUUUUGAAGCAAUAAUUUUCUAUAUUGCAAAAUUGUAAAUUUAUUUCAGAAUUUGAUAUGGUAUUUUUCUUUUCUGAUUGCAUUUGAGACCAUACAGGUACAACAUGUAGGUGUGGGGUGUUUUUUCCUCUGUACAAAGGUUUUGUUAGGCAAAACCAACUUGUUUUGUUUUAGCAGCUUUAGAUUUUUCAAAUCGAAACAUAUUGAAGAUGUUUAAAUUUACCCUCCAGUCAUGUAAUUAAGCUAUGUUUAAAAAAAAUGAUAUUAAUUCCCCCUUGUGUAAAGAAGUAGUUGGAAAGUAAUGGCUGUAAUGUAAAAUAAUCCAUAGGAACUCUAUGAUUUGUCUCUGAAACAAACAGAGCCAAAGUGGUUAAGGUUGCUGACUUCAGAUCACUUGAUCUCUUCCCUUUUACUGUUGUCAGUUCACAUCCUGCCAAUGAUGAAUAUUUUCAUCCAAUAAAGCUAUCACACUAGCUUAUAGAAGAUUGAUGGUUGUUUUACUAGGAUAUCUUGUGUGUUCUGUCUGAAAUAUUAUAUCGAGGGACAUAAAGAAUUAAGUCUUCCAUCACCAGUAAAAAGCUGAAAAGUUGCCCAAUAUCCUUUACAGUGUCGAGGAUAUUAACAGUGGGUUAAAAACAAAAAUGCUAUUUAAUUGUUUUUUAUUUAGAAUCGUAUACAUGUAUUUAGUUUAAUAAAAACUGGCCUAUAAAUGAUUUACACUUGUGUCAAUUUAAUCUUACUGAAGUCAGGUAAGUUAGGAUGCAUUCGUUAUUAUUGUUUUAUGCAAAAUGUUCUCUUUUUUGUUACCUUUUACAUGAUAAUUUAUAUGAGUGUUUGCUUUUUUGGUGGUUUUUUAUUUUGUUAAUUUGAUACAUGAUAAUAUACCGGUACAUUGAUAAAUAUUUUGUAGUGUUUGAUGACUUUAUUGUCUUGCUAGUCAAGGUAAUCAGUGGUAAGGUAGAUAAAACUUGUCUUUAAUUCUAUUUAACAUAUGUGAAUUUUCAUAUUCAACUCUUAAUAGUUUUAUUUUGUAACAUGUAUGAAAUUUUGUUUUGUUUAUAUCUACUUUUUUCUGUAAUUUAAUACAAUAACCAACAAAAAAUGUAAAGUUUUGUAAAAAAAUAAUAAACAAUAAGUGAUAGUGUAUUAAACAGAUCUCGUGCUAAUAACAACUUAAUUAAAAAUAGAAAAUACUUUUAAACCACAUUUAAAAUAAUAUUUUUUCAAAAAUCAAGUCUGAAAAAUUUUGUUUUGUUUUGCUCAACAUUUUAAUCUUGCCUACAUCUAGCUUGCCCUUUGCUUGCUUUUUAUAAUGUAAUAUUCAUGUCAUAAGUUUGUUAAUAUCCUUGUUUUAAGUUCAUUUUAAGUCUUGUUCACAAUGUUAAGCUGUAUUUAUUAGGUUUAUUUCUGCAAGUUUUGGUUGAUGACUUCCCUUAUGAUGUAUAUGAAUGAACAUUUGUUCAGCAAGAGAGCUGCAGAACUAAAACAAUAUUGGGUGGGGGGAGCAAUGAUUUAAUGGUGUGUCUGCUUCAUGGUUGUAAGUUACAACUAUAUAAUUAAUAGAUACCAAUACUAAGUUAGUUCCAGGACUGGCAGUAGAAAGUUGAUAUUCAUGCUUCAGUCAGUAUCUAUAUUUAUUGAAUAUACCAUAUAUUUUAAUUAUGAUAAUAGAAAUUUUGUUUUAUAUUAUAAACAGAAUGUACUGACUCCCAUACUUGACGCGGUCAUUAUAAAAGAUCAUCGUGACGUGUGCUUACAUCAUAAAUGUCAAACGACUCAAACCACUUGCUCCGUACUACAAGCUUGGUCUAUUCAGGUGCCAGCUUGUGCCUGAAAUAAUGAAUGAAGGGGCACCUGAGAUAUUCUUCCACCAGUAGAUCUGGAAAGUUGCCAUAUAACAUUUACAGUGCUAGUGUUACUUUAUAUCACUUAAUAAACUUAGUGUUACUU